AUGCCUAUAGGCCUUAGCGAGGGCUGGAACCAGAUCCAAUUCAACCUUGCAGAGUUCACAAGACGUGCUUAUAAGAAACAGUUCAUAGAAGUACAAAAGGUGAAAAUCAAUGCUAACAUACGAUUAAGACGAAUAUAUUUUGCGGAGCGACUCAUUCCAGAGGACCAACUACCUGCAGAAUAUAAACUAUUUUUCCCUUUGAAAACUAAACCAGGAGGUUUUCAACAAAAAGAAAUAGGAAAAAGAAAAGACGGAGAGGACGAAAAGGUAGAGAAUGUUGUUGUUGAUACUGCAGGUGCAGGUGCAGAACAAAAUGUUGAAAUAGCUAAUGUAGCUGAAAUAGGAGAAGACGUGCCAGACUUGUCAAAGAAAUCGGCGACGUAUUCCAAAGUAAGGGGUUCGAUGCAAGUUAUCAAAACAGCCUCACAAGCACCAGCAUAUGAAGAUAGAAGUUCUCAAAUGUUCCAAGUACACGAAGAUAAACUUGUUCGGGUUAACGCUUCAACAGUAGUGCCUGGACUGUCUGAACAGUUAGCGGAGGUUGAAAAAGAGGAGUCAGAACAUAACUUAGUAUUAACUGCUAUAACUACUGAAGCCGCAGUUGCCGUACCUAGUGAAGCCGUAGCUGCCGUAUCUACUGAAGCAGCAGCUGCCGUAUCUACUGAAGCAGCGGCUGCCGUAUCUACUGUAGCAGCAACUGCUGUACGUAGUCAAGCAACAACUCCCGUACCUAGUCAAACAACAGCUGCGGUACCUAGUGAAGCCGCAGCUCCUGUACCUAGUCAAGCAUCAACUACCGUACCUACUCAAGUAGGAUCUGCCGUAUCUACUCAAGCAGCAAAAGAAGAUGAUACUACUAUUAUGGAAACACCUUUGCCUGAAGAAGCUGAGGGUCAAGCAAUCGUUGUACAAAACGUUGGUGAACAAAGUGGAGUCACUGUUCUUACUGAGAUCACUGAGGUCACUGAGAUCAAUGAACCAGAACAAAUUCCUACUGAAGGACAAAAAAAAGGAAAGGUUAAAGAAAAACCAAAAGAAGAAGAAGUAGUAGUAAUAGGUCCUCCAGCCGAGGGAGUGGUGCCACCUGCAGGGGCGCCAAUAGAAGCAAAGCAAUCGCAAUUAUCAAAGAAGAGUGAAGUCAUUCCGGUUCCAUCGAGCACUGCACCAGCAGAAAAGGUGGAAGAAGGCGCGGAAACUGCGGCAGUUCCAGAAACGGAAGCCCCAGCGGAGGCGGCACCACCACCAGAAGGGGUAAAAUCGGCUACAGAGGUAGCGCAACCAGAAGAAGGCGCCGAACCAGCGGCUGAGGAAGCUGCUGAGCCAGCCGCUGAGCCAGCCGCUGAGCCAGCUGCUGAGCCAGCUGCUGAGCCAGCUACUGAGGAAGCUGCUGAACCAGCUGCUGAGCCAGCUGCUGAAGCUGUAGAAGAGGCACCUCAAGAGGCAGAAGGUACUGUAGAACCCGCGGCUGAAGAACCUGUGGAAACUGCUGGAGUGGAAGCCCCAGAAGCCGCAGAAGCCCCAGAAGCUCCAGAAGCAGAAGUAGUAGAGGCAUAA